AUGCUUAUAAACAAACGUCUUCCCUCAUAUGUCUUGCGCAGCAUAUCCUCCUACUCUGGAUAUCACACAACAAGUAUCACAAAACUAGCCGAAGGCGGCUUCAACAACGUCUUCCUAUUAACUAUGGCUGAUAGUUUCGAAGUAAUCAUCAAGAUCAUGUAUCAUAUUUCAGUGCCCAGGUAUUAUGCCACUGUUAGUGAAGUUGCUGUGUUGCAAUAUAUACACGAGAAGGGAGUUCCUGUGCCGGAGAUUUCUGGGUAUUUUGUGUUAAGGAGGAAUUCUGCUGACGUGGAGUAUAUUGUUAUGGGGAAAGUAGCGGGGGUGGGAAUGGAGAAUAGGUGGUUGGAUAUGAGCAAGCGGGAACGGUUGGCGCCUGCACCGAGUUUUGUGGAGACUGAGGGGAAGGUUUUUAUGAUUUGCCAUGUUCCGGCUGGGUUUCGGGCUGAGUUGUAUACAGCUGAUAUGGAAGGGGAUCAUGAUUCAGAGACUUUUUGUAUUGGUCUAACUGCGGAUCAUACGUUUUGGCUUGGAAGAAGAGCUGAACUUGGUAUACGUCGUGAGGAUUAUCUUAGUCUCUUGAACAAAUACCUUUUUCUGGCGCCGUAUUUGCUUCCAAAAGAUGCUAAUAGUCCUCUGAAUCGGCCCACGCUUCGUCAUCCGGAUUUGAACCCAAAUAACAUAUUCAUUUCACUUGACUCAGGCGCCAUCUCUUGUAUUAUCGACUGGCAGCACACAACAAUCGAGCCACGUCUGCUAGCUGUAGGUUAUCUACGAGCCUACUUUAAUAAGCUCCAUAUUCAGGCACUGCGUGUGCCUCUCCUUCGCCUUCGCCAGCGCCUGGUGGAUAGGGCUGGUAGACAAUGGAGCGGAAACUUCAUGACAUUGAAGAGGGCGUUAGGAGUUUCGUGCCCUGUGCAGUUCACUGAAGCAGAGAUGGGUGGCUUCUUCGAGCAGGAACGGCUGUGGUUUGACUCGAAUAAAGCCGUGAAGCUCUGGCAGGAACAGGUCGGUGUGAGUGAAGAUGGUUGGGUCAGUGAUGGGGGUCAUGGAGGGGCUUUUCAGAAGGUUACUAAAUUGAAGGCUUCCCUCAUUGUGCUCGCAGAAGUUGACGAGGGGGAUAUCCAUCUUCUGGAGAAAGGUGGUUGUUCCGAGAUCGAGAAGAAAUCAGUUGAUAACGAUAAAAAUAGGGUCGGUGAGAUAAGUCCCGACCGCCGACACGGAGUUAGAUAA